CCGUUUCCUAGGAAACGUGGACUCCGCGUUCAACUCCCCGUCGCUGCCCUCUUGACGUCACGGUCCGGACAGGAGGGCGGGGCGAGUGCUACCGCCAGGGGCGGGGCGGCGCGGGCCGGCCGGGCUGUGCACCUGCGCCUCGGCGGUCCGCCUGGGGCAUCAUCCCCGGCCCGCCUGGCCCCGCCAUGGCCAGGCCUCAGAGGACUCCGGCACGCAGUCCCGACAGCAUCGUCGAGGUGAAGAGCAAAUUUGAUGCCGAGUUCCGACGCUUCGCGCUGCCCCGCGCUUCGGUGAGCGGCUUCCAAGAGUUCUCUCGGUUGCUGCGUGUGGUACACCAGAUCCCGGGCCUGGACGUGCUGCUUGGCUAUACGGAUGCUCACGGCAACCUACUGCCCCUCACCAACGACGACAGCCUGCACCGGGCCCUGGCCAGUGGGCCCCCGCCGCUGCGCCUGCUAGUGCAGAAGCGGGCAGAAGCUGAUUCCAGUGGCCUGGCCUUUGCCUCCAACUCUCUGCAGCGGCGCAAGAAAGGGCUCCUACUUCGGCCAGUGGCAUCCCUGCGCACGCGGCCACCCCUGCUAAUCAGCCUGCCACAAGAUUUCCGCCAGGUUUCUUCAGUCAUAGAUGUGGACCUACUGCCUGAGACCCACCGACGGGUGCGGCUGCAUAAGCAUGGUUCCGACCGCCCCCUGGGUUUCUACAUCCGAGAUGGCAUGAGUGUGCGCGUAGCUCCCCAGGGCCUGGAACGGGUUCCAGGCAUCUUCAUCUCCCGCCUGGUACGAGGGGGCCUGGCUGAGAGUACAGGGCUGCUGGCAGUCAGUGAUGAGAUCCUCGAGGUCAAUGGCAUUGAGGUAGCUGGGAAGACCUUGGACCAAGUAACAGACAUGAUGGUCGCGAACAGCCACAACCUCAUUGUCACUGUCAAGCCAGCCAAUCAGCGCAAUAAUGUGGUGCGUGGGGCAUCUGGGCGUCUGACAGGGCCUCCUUCUGCUGGGCCUGGGCCUGCUGAGCCUGAUAGCGACGAUGACAGCAGCGAUCUGAUCAUUGAGAACCGCGAGCCUCCCUGUUCCAAUGGGCUGUCUCAAGGGCCUCCAUGCUGGGACCUGCGCCCAAGCCGCCUACUUCCUGAUGCCCGCAGCUCUCUGCCCUCCCUGGAUGAUCAGGAGCAGGCCAGCUCUGGCUGGGGGAGUAGCAUUCAAGGAAAUGGUAGUGGCUUCAGCCUCUGACAGGCAAAGAUGCAGCCCCUUGCCCUUC